UGGGAGAAAACGUCAUACGCUGCACUCAUCUUCCUCCGGUCCGAUUAAGAUGCCACAAAAGUGGAUAUUCCCGUUGCUGCUGGUGGCGGCUCUACUGACCUUGUCGAUGACAUUCGACGACGAGUAUGAUGACGAUGAUGAAGAAGACAAAGCUCUGUAUGGCGACGAAGACAAAAAAAAUAACGACGACGAAAAGGACAACGGGACGCGAAUCAGAAUCAAAAAACGUCGACGACCCAUCGAUCUGAAUAUAAGAGUUCCGUUUUUCUCUAUGUUCCUGCGCAGGAAGAAGGAUGGCCCAGCCAAGCUUGGAAUUCAGGUGUUUCCAGAUUCGCAAUACGGAAGUUUAGUGGACAUCAAUCACAGAUGGUGGUGGAAAAGAUAACAAUAUUUGUGGAAUUUGGUUCAAGAAGUCAAUGUUUGAAAAAUUUACCAUUGUAAAUUCUUAUGAGAUAUUUUACAUCGCACUAACAUACCAUGUUACGUUUUAACAGUGAUUAAAGUUCAU